CUCCCUCUCUACCUCAGCCCACUCACUGUUUUGACGGACUACCGGCUGCCACCCACCAUUAAUCUUUGGACCGACGACAACGCUUCUGUUAUGGAAGCUUUCAUGACCUCCGAUUUAACCGCUAUGUGGCCUCCUUCUCAGUCCUCUGCAUCCACAUCUGACCCUUCGAAAACCCACCUUCCUUCAUCCUCUCAGCCCUUCAAUCAAGAGACCCUCCAGCAACGCCUUCACCAAUUGAUCGAAGGCGCCCGGGAGAGCUGGACCUACGCCAUCUUCUGGCAAUUCUCUCGUGAUUACUCCGGCUGUUCCCUUUUGGGCUGGGGUGAUGGCUACUACAAAGGCGAAGGCGAUAAAGGCAAAGCCAAAAUCAGAACAUCAUCGGCUGUUGAGCAGGAGCACCGUAAAAGGGUGCUUCGCGACCUCAACUCCAUGAUUUCUGGAUCAACGGCCACCACCGACUAUUCUGUUGACGAAGAAGUUACCGAUACGGAAUGGUUCUUCUUGGUUUCUAUGAUUCAAUCGUUUUUCGUUAACGGAGGCGAGCUCCCGGGUCAAGCGUUUUUCAGCAGCAGCCCCGUUUGGGUUUGCGGGUCGGAACGACUGAUGAAUUCGGGAUGUGAGCGGGCUAGACAAGCACAGGCGUUCGGGUUACAGACGAUGGUUUGUAUACCCUUAGCCAAUGGCGUUGUUGAAUUGGGUUCCACUGAGGUGAUUCUUCAGAACUCGGAUCUGAUGAGUAAGGUCCUUUUUUUGUUUAAUUUUAAUGGUAUGGAUUUGGGUUCUUGGCCUUCUUCUUCCAUUCAAAAUCCAGAUCAAGGAGAAAGUGAUCCUUCUUCCUGGAUUAAUGAUCCCACGUCGACUAUGUUUGAUAUCAAAGACUCUGCCGGAGGAGGAACGCCUGCGGUUGUUUCUGGUCCCGGCUCGGGUUCUGUUUCAGCUUCUGUUAGUAAUAAUAAUCUGCAGAUUUCAAAGGGAAUUCCGUUUGAGAACCCUAGUAUAACUUCUUUAACUGAAAAUCCAAGCCGAGUUUCUUUACCGCAACUGCAAAUUCAGCAGUCGCAAACGUUUUUCUCGAGAGAAUUGAAUUUCUCUGAAUAUGCGUAUGAUAACAGAAACGGGAAUUCUCAUUUGUCGAAGCCCGAAUCAGGGGAGAUAUUAAAUUUUGCUGAGAGUAAAAGGAGUGGGAAUAAUUUGUUUUUGAAUAAUUCUCAUUUCGGAGCAGAGGAGAGUAAUAAGAAGAAAAGAUCGCCCGCUUCGCGGGGAAGUAACGAUGAAGGGGUGCUUUCGAUUACUUCUGGUGUGAAAUUGCCGUCUUCUGGGGUUGUAAAAUCAAGUGGUGGCGGUGAUUCUGAUUAUUCUGAUCUUGAGGCUUCUGCCCUUAAGGAGGUUGAUAGUAGCAGGAUCGUGGAACCUGAAAAGAAGCCGCGUAAACGAGGGAGAAAGCCAGCAAAUGGUAGAGAAGAGCCAUUGAAUCAUGUCGAAGCGGAGCGACAAAGAAGAGAGAAGCUCAAUCAGAGGUUCUAUUCUCUGAGAGCUGUUGUUCCUAAUGUUUCAAAGAUGGAUAAAGCUUCACUUCUGGGUGACGCAAUUUCAUAUAUCGAUGAGCUUAAAACCAAGCUUCAAAAUGCUGAAGCUGAUAUAGCGGAUCUCCAAAACCAAUUGGAAUCGAAGAAGAAAGAAUUUGGCGGCGGUAACAAUUCGCAUCCAGGGCCACCACCAUCUGAUCAAGGGCUCAAACUGUCAAACCAUGCUAGUAAAUUGACUGAUAUGGAAAUCGAAGUGAAGAUUAUUGGAUUGGACGCCAUGAUCAGGAUUCAAUCAAGUAAAAAGAACCACCCUGCAGCCAAGCUAAUGGCAGCCUUGAAAGAGCUGGACUUGGAGGUAAAUUACGCCAGUAUGUCAGUAGUGAAUGAACUGAUGAUCCAACAAGCCACAGUGAAGAUGGGAAGUCAGUUUUACAGGCAAGAGCAGCUGAAGAGCAUCCUAGCAGCCAAAGUUGGAUAAGAGUUGGUAGAAGGAAAGUUAACUUUGGCAUCAGUAGAGAAGAGCUUCAAUGAAAAUUGCAUUUGUUGUAGGGCUCUGGGACAUUUUAAGGCUUCCCGGUAGCUUGCGCAGGCUCUGUAAUUAUUAUAUAUAGCAUAUAUAUUUUGUUGUUGUUCUUGAGUAGCUUGUAGUGUAAAUUUAGUUUGCAGAUGCAGACGGUUUCAAUUGUCAAGGAACUGAACAUGAACAUUAUUAGGUUCUCUUCAAUUGAAUAUAGCUUUUUCUCGUUGAAAUUUA